AUUAAAGCAAAAAAUAUAUUUUGCUAUAUUUUUCAGAAGAAAAUGCGAGGGAUAAAGCUUUUCAGAAAACAAAGUUUACUACAAGAAUUAAAGUCUAUUUCAAGAACAUCACAUUAUCUCAAUACAAGUAUCACCUGCAAGGAUGGUGAUGUUAGAGUAAAUAUUCUGAUUAUAUCCCUUAUCUACCCUCAGCUGUUCAAACUUGAUAUAGCACAAUUAGAAGACCCCGGAAACAUUUAUUUGAUUAUACCGGACAUUUAUGCAAGUGAUUUACUCGCAAAAUACAAUGAAGUCUUUAACCAAGAGUUCUCAUUUGAAAAAGAUGAUUCAGAAUCGGCAAAACCUCAGGAAAUGGAGGAAUUACAUCGGAACGAAAAGGACGAAUUUGAGCUGGACGAUGAAGAGUUUGUUGACAACCUGAUGGACGUGAAUGUUCUAGAACUGUAUUCUGUUGAUGGAGAAAAGGAAGAUAGCCAAGUUAAAGAAAAGCACAAAUGUGAUGUCUGUGAAUUUAAAACUAAUCUGAAACGAGAUCUAACGAUACAUAGGCAAACUAUGCACGCAGAUUCUAAAUACCAAUGUGAUGUCUGUGAAUACUCAACACUAUCUGAAAGGGGAAUGCGAAGACAUCAACACUCUCACAAUGGAUAUAGGAUAAUGUGUGAUCAAUGUGAAUAUUUAGCAGCAGACCUGAAUACAUUAAACAAUCACAUUAAUUCUCUUCAUGAAGGUUCUCAAUAUCACUGUGAGCAGUGCAGCUUCACAGCAAAAUGGGAGAGAAGUGUGGCCAGGCAUAGGGAAACAGUACACGGAGAUAGGAAAAAUUCUUUCCUCUGUGAUCAGUGUGAUUAUAAAACUUCACAACAUGCCAGCUUGAAAAGACACAUCAAGGUAAUGCAUGAUGAAGGUGGAAUAAUCAAGCAGAAUGCUAGGUUUGUGGACGGAGCCAAGUUCUCCUGUGACCUCUGCAGUUUCAAGGCUAAAUGGAUCAGAAGUGUAAGGCGGCAUAAACAAGCAGUACACGAGGGCUCCAAAAUAUUUCCAUGUGACAGAUGUGAAUACAAAUCUACACAAUCUGGAACCUUGAAAAGACACAUUAAGUUGGUACACCAGAAGGACCCUAAACCUGCAGAGCAAUACGAAAAUCGAUUCUCAUCUUUUUCCUCAAUUAUUUCUUCUACAAAGCAAGAUCCUUAAAA